AUGGCCGAGGAAAAUGCUUCUGAUGGGUUUGCUAAACCGAGGAAGGUCUUUGGUGACCUCACUAAUUUACUGGGGAAAAGGGGCUCUUCUGGGACUGAAAAUAUUGCGGUUAAGAGUUUGAGUUUCAGUGACAAAGAUUCAGCCAAGCGUAUCCGUGUUACGUGUCCCCGACGAUCUGAGAUGCAUUCUCCGAAAGGGAAUGUUUUAUCGAGUAUCCCAAAUCCAACCGACAAAAACACGAAUACCGUAGUGAAUCCAUUUGGGGGUGAAUCCGUCUCCAAGAUCUCGAGCAACGUCGAAACUGAAAUCAAUAUUGAUGCUUUGACGAGUGUGAAUCUACCGGCCGGUGAAAAUUUUGAGGGCCCAAACUCGAUUGAUCUGAAAGGGGAAGAAGUGAUGAGUUCUACUGCUGCCACUGAGGUGAAUGUUAUUCCUGAAAUUGGCCAGAUUGAGUUUGUCAGUCUUAAAGUAAACGUGAAAGACCUUCAGAUAAAUGAAAGUGGUCAGGCUGUGCCAGGCAGCUCAAAAGAGUCUGAGGGGAAUGUUGUUGAGAAUGCUGGCGUUAAAACCGACGAUAAGUUGCAUGAUACUUCAAAGGCAGCGGCUGAAAUGGGUGGCUUUUGUCUGGAUAACGAUAGUGGUUUUGAUGAUUACGAGUCCAAAGGCAGUCAAAGUGAUGGGGAUGGACAAAAUUUGUUGUUGAGUCAGUGUGGCUCAGUCGAUUGUGCUAAUUUUCUACCCGAGUCUCAGGAAUCUACUGUAUUUGGGAUUGAAAAGUUUAUGGAGAUGGAGAGUAGGAAUCAGAAAUGUGUGUGUGAGGGAACCGAGCCAACGAGAAGCUGUUCUUGCUCUUUUUGCACAAAAGCUGGAUAUAUGUGGUUGGACCUCAAUUACCAGGACAUCAAGGCCCGGGUAUCAGCACUAAAGAAGAGCCAGAAAGAAGCAAGCAUACUGGCUGAAAGAAUUAUCAGGAGUAAGAGUAUUGAGAGACGUGGUGCUGAAAGCUUCACCCGGCCUUCUAAGUUAGAAUCUGAUCUCAUGUACCAGUGGGUGUCCCUUUUUCAACACACGGCGGGCGUAAUGGAAGAAGAGAGUAAUCAGCUUGAAGGUAGAUUACUACCACUGAACGAUUUGAGGGAAAAAUGCAAGAGAGAUUUGGAGUCGAUUGGUGGUGAAAGGUCUGAAAAACAUUAA